AUGGAUGCAACAUUGUUGGCUAAUAAAUUGGUCAACUCCACGUUAAAGCAGAAGAAAGCUAGGAUUCUAUGCAAGCUAGACAUUGAGAAAACCUAUGACCAUGUUAAUUGGAAUUUCCUUCUAAAAAUUCUAAAGGACAUGGGAUUUGGUAUUAAGUGGAUUGGCUGGAUCAAUAACUGCAUUUCAGGUGUGAAGUUUUCCCUUCUCAUAAAUGGAAACUCUGAAGGAUUCUUCCAAGAUCCUAUGUCCCUGUUCCUAUUCUUAAUAGCCACGGAGGGCUUGAAUCACAUGUUCCGGAAGGGUGACCCUCAUCAAAUCAGUAUUAGAUCGAUCAUUACUUAUAUGAUGAGUUUAUUUCCAGUCCCCAAGAACAUUGAGAAGAAUAUAAAUAGGCUCAGGAGAUCUUUUCUUUGGCAAGGCAACAAGGAAAAGGAAGGCUGCAACUUGGUGAAGUGGGAUACUCUCACACUUGGCAAAAGGCAAGGAGGCUAA